AUGCACGACGAAAAAACUAUUCACGGUUCACCAGAGCGACUCUAUUGGCAAAUACUGUGGGGCAAAGUUGAGCAGCAUGACCUAAUUUUGUUGGCGGAAAAGGAUGUUUUCGAAGUUUAUGUCACCAAACAACAGCACAAGUACAUCGGCUGGCCAUCUCAAGCCAUUAUACAGGCCAUACACGCAUUCAAAGCGCCACUUCGAUUCCGAAUGGAAUUCGAAUGUAUGGACGGAGGACAUGCUGGAAGGAUUGUCAAUUCGCUUUCAUGCCACCAGUGUGCCGGAGCAGCGUAUCUGCCACCGAAAGUAGCUGAAGCACUAACGGCAGCGAAUAUGUCGGCGACGGUUCCCGUCAGUGGGAACUGCAAAGCGAAAACUGGAACUGAUGUCUGUACAGAUAACUUCUGUGUGAAGAAGACUGUAACAUACAGUGUUAGCGUCAAGGGCAUAACAUUUACGUGGGACACCUACACCAAGGGAUGUGCCUCCAUUCGAGAAGAUACUAGAGAAGUGCCUACAAAUACCUGUUAUGACAUUUCAACAGCUGAUAAGGGAACGUACAAACAGAGUGUUCGACAUUGCUACUGCCAGAAAGACUUUUGCAAUGCAGCAACCAGUCCUGUCGCCACCGCCAUCUAUCUUGCACUAACGAUUUUCUUUUCUAAAUAG